UUGGACAAUUUUGACACAAAAGGAGACACAAAAGGAGGCUGCCAUCCAUGGCUUAAUGGUCUACCUAAGGAAAAGGAGGAGCAACUCUUCAAAGAUGAGGAUGGAGAAGGGGACAGUAUGGACCAACUGAUGAAGAUUGUCACAACACGAGGUGGCUUGGAUCCAGCCCAUGCAAGGAUCAUCAUAGAGGGAACAGAGGUCUUAACAGGUAAAGUGGCUAUUUCUGCCCAGAGCGAGACUGAGAUCGCCAAACGCCUCAACGCUAUUCUGGCUCAGAUCAUGCCAUUCUUGUCACAAGAGCACCAACAGCAGGUGGCUCAGGCCGUCGAACGGGCCAAACAGGUGACCAUGACCGAGCUAAAUGCUAUCAUCGGGGUACGUGGACUUCCCAAUCUGCCUCUGACUCAGCAGCCGCCGCCUCAUGUCGUCUAUCCAGCCUUCAUGCAGCAGCAGCUUCAGGCCCAGCAUCUCUCCCACGCGGCCCACGGGCCCCCGGUCCAGCUGCCCCCCCACCCCUCAGGCCUGCCCCCCCCCGGGAUCCCCCCCGUGACGGGCGCCGGCUCCGGCCUGCUGGCCCUGGGAGCCCUGGGCAGCCAGGCCCACCUGCCUGUGAAGGAUGAGAAGAACCACCACGACCUGGAGCACCGAGAACGCGAGUCCAGCACGAAUAACUCGGUGUCGCCGUCGGACAGCCUGCGGGCGGCCAGCGAGAAGCACCGCAGCUCCUCAGACUACGGCCUCGACUCCAAGAAACGCAAGGUGGACGACAAAGACAGCAGAUAUGACAGUGACGGAGACAAAAGUGACGACUUGGUGGUGGAUGUUUCCAAUGAGGAUCCGGCCACGCCUCGAGUCAGCCCCGCUCACUCGCCCCCCGAAAACGGCCUGGAUAAGUCGAGAGUGCUGAAGAAGGACGCCGCCCCCAACAGCCCCGCCUCCGUGGCCUCCUCGGGCAGCACGCCGUCCUCCAAGGCGAAGGACCACGCCCACAACGACAAGUCGUCCACGCCGAGCCUCAAGUCCAACACGCCCACGCCGAGGAACGAAGCGCCCACGCCCGGAACGAGCACCACCCCGGGACUACGGCCCCUAACGAUGGGAAAGCCACCCGGCAUGGAGGCGCUAGCCGCCCCGGCUCUGCGCACGCCUCUGUCCAUCGCCGGUUCUUACGCAACCCCCUUUGCCAUGAUGGGUCACCAUGAGAUGAACGGGUCCCUGACCAGCCCGGGCGUGUACCCGGGCCUCAUCUCCCCCCAGAUGAGCGCGGCAGCCGCCGCCGCCUACGGCCGCUCGCCCAUCGCGGGAUUUGACCCUCAUCCUCACAUGAGAGCUUCAGGCCUCUCGGCGAGCCUCACUUCCAUUUCUGGAGGAAAACCGGCUUAUUCUUUCCACGUGAGCGCUGACGGGCAGAUGCAGCCCGUUCCCUUCCCUCCGGACGCGCUGAUCGGCCCGGGCAUCCCGCGCCACGCCCGGCAGAUCAACACGCUGAGCCACGGCGAGGUGGUGUGCGCCGUCACCAUCAGCAACCCCACGCGGCACGUCUACACCGGAGGAAAAGGCUGCGUCAAGAUCUGGGACAUCAGCCAGCCGGGCAGCAAGAGCCCCGUGUCCCAGCUGGACUGCCUGAACAGGGACAAUUACAUCCGCUCCUGCAAGCUGCUGCCCGACGGCCGCACCCUGAUCGUGGGCGGCGAGGCCAGCACGCUGACCAUCUGGGACCUGGCCUCGCAGACGCCGCGCAUCAAGGCGGAGCUCACCUCCUCCGCCCCCGCCUGCUACGCGCUCGCCAUCAGCCCCGACGCCAAGGUCUGCUUCUCCUGCUGCUCCGACGGGAACAUCGCCGUCUGGGACCUGCACAACCAGACCCUGGUCAGGCAGUUCCAGGGCCACACGGACGGGGCCAGCUGCAUCGACAUCUCCCACGACGGGACGAAGCUGUGGACCGGAGGUCUGGACAACACGGUGCGCUCCUGGGACCUGAGGGAGGGCCGCCAGCUGCAGCAGCACGACUUCACCUCUCAGAUCUUCUCUCUGGGCUACUGUCCCACCGGGGAGUGGCUGGCUGUGGGCAUGGAGAGCAGCAACGUGGAGGUGCUGCACCACACCAAACCCGACAAAUACCAGCUGCACCUGCACGAGAGCUGCGUGCUCUCGCUCAAGUUCGCCUACUGCGGUAAAUGGUUUGUGAGCACAGGGAAGGACAACCUGCUGAACGCAUGGAGGACUCCCUAUGGAGCCAGCAUAUUCCAGCCGCCGUGGCUGUGA